AUGACGAAGUCUCCCCCAGAAUCGUCCUUUUUCCGACAAGUUCACAUGCUACACCUUCGUGGCGGAUGCUACUGGUUUCAAUAUGAAAAGGAAAAGGAGAAGGCUUGUAAGGAAGGCUCAAAAUCUUCUCUCAAAUGCGGGGCCCCAAAAGUGUUCAUCGGUGCAUGCCGGCCCCGCAGCAACGGCAGGGUUGCCGAACUUGGUUCCCAGCCAGACCAACGUCCAACAGAUCCUCAUCCAGAAGUGUACAACACCAGCAGCACAAGAGGAGACAGCAGCGCUAAGAGCCGUUUGCGGGAGUUCGCUGCAGGACCGGUCAUGAGGGAGCUAGCCACGUAUCUGCGGGAACGGUGUAUUCUGGGGCCUCCGACUAUCCCUGAUGAAAGGCAAUCGGCGGGCAACACAGCAUCAGCAGACUGCACUUCUGAAGCUUGCAUUAGCAGCGUCAUCAAAACCUCUGAACAAAAAGCCCUACCCUCCAGUCAGAUGCCUUGGGGGGCCUUUUCGAGGCCCCGUUUGCGAGUAAUACUGCAGCCCGAUGUAGGGGCGACACAGAAAGAGGAUAUCUCCGGUGACCGAAAGGCGGGUGCUGUGGAUGGGGAAAGCGAGGAAAGCGAUGGGGGAGAAGCUCUGAGGAGUAAAACUGCCGAUUUUGGCUUCUUAUACGAUGACUCCCUGGAUGAGAGGGAUUCCGUGUGGGUUCGAAAGGAACUCAGAUGUGGGGAAGGCGACACAGAUGCAGUGCUCUCUUGCCCUGGAUGCUUCUUGCCAAUAUGCUACCAAUGCCAAAGGCAUGAAUCGGCGCGGCAUCUAUUCAGAGCUGUCGCCGCUUUCCAUGUGAUGAUUAGGCCUAUAGGGGCAGAGCAGCUGCAGCAGCAUCUAGGCGAGAAGGAGAAGCUGUGGAGGGGAGGGACGAGUGCAUCGGAUCUGCCAAUUUUACAGCACAUUGUGGACCGCCUCACCGAUCACGAUUCCGCACAGUGGCAGCUGCAGAAUGAGGAAUUGAAUGCGAUUAAUGAGGUACUAUGCGAAGGCUGCGGAACACUAGUGGGAUGGCAGGACAAAGAGGAUAUUUUUCAUUUUAUGGACGUCAUUCCUGGUGAAGCCUGA